AUGCCUCUUUGGCAAAUCUAUCACCCACCCGGUGUCUUCGAAGACGCAGACAGCAAAGCCGCCCUCGCAGCCGACAUCACAAAAAUCUACACUGGAGUCGGAUUGCCCGCCUUCUACGUAGUCAUCCACUUCAACACGAUGCAACCCUCCAAUGUGUAUGUGGGCGGCGUGACCAAAGCAGAGUCUUCCAAACCCUUCAUCCGCAUUGUGAUCAAACACAUUGCGAUCCGUCUCGAAAACGACACCGAGCGCUAUCGCAGAACCGCGGGAAUGAUUGAUGCAGCACUCAAACCGCAUAUUUACGACAAGGACUAUGAUUGCGAGUUCCAUGUUGAGGAGACGGAGCGCAGGUUGUGGAAGUUCAAUGGCUUGAUUCCACCGGAGCAUAUGAGCGAGGAACAUAUGGUGUGGGUGAAGGAGAACAAGCCUGUGCCUUACAAGGGUGCUUAUUGGUCUGCCGAGAAGGGAUAUUAUUGA